AUGCAUGUUCAAUCGAUUCCGAUGUGGACUGGGAAAGGCAAUAACUAUGCCUACCUGGUGACUGAUGAGCCGACGAGGCAGUCUGUGAUUAUUGAUCCGGCAAAUCCGCCUGAGGUGAUCCCGGAGCUGGAAAAGCAACUUCAGGCCGGAAAGAUUGAUCUCACGGCCAUUGUCAAUACUCACCACCACUGGGACCAUGCCGGCGGCAACAAUGAACUGCUCGACAAAUUCGGCAAACUUCCCGUCAUCGGAGGAAAGAACUGCCAGUCUGUCACGCAGACCCCGGCGCACGGCGAAUCGUUCAAGAUUGGUGAGCGUAUCUCCGUGAAGGCGCUGCAUACCCCGUGCCACACGCAAGAUAGCAUCUGCUAUUUUAUGCAGGAUGGGGAGCAGAAGGUGGUUUUUACGGGUGAUACGUUGUUCAUUGGAGGAUGCGGUCGGUUCUUCGAAGGCACAGCCCCGGAAAUGCACAAGGCUUUGAACGAGACUCUCGCGUCUUUGCCUGAUGAUACGAAGGUCUAUCCCGGUCACGAAUACACCAAAGGCAAUGUGAAAUUUUGCAUUGCCGUGUCGCAAUCCGAACCGAUUAAGAAGCUGCAGGCGUUCGCGGACCAGAACCAAGAAACGCAGGGUAAAUUUACGAUUGGUGAUGAAAAGCUUCAUAACGUGUUUAUGAGGGUGAAUGACCCCGAGAUUCAAAAGAAGACCGGAAAGACGGAUCCCGUAGAGGUCAUGGCCGCGUUGCGGGAGAUGAAGAAUGCCAUGUAA